AUGCUUACUGCCCUGCACAUUACGCUGCCCCACAGACGAGAUCAUCGUGAUAGUCAGCAACACCUACCGAAUCGUUGUCUUGUCGUAAACGAGGCCACAUGUGAGGCGUCCCUCAUCUCAACAGAGGCAUCGUUGAAGUACGCAAGUGGCGCCGCACAUGAGUUGUAUGAGUCGAGAUCACGUUUCCGAUUUGGCCACGUCGCAAUCAGCCCUCAUCAUGGGAAUAUCUUUGUAACUCAAGUGGCCCCUUUGAUAUAUGAUCUGUGCCGUGUUUUCCUUCGCCCAUUGUGCAGCAACGAGCCUCGAAUGGAAAGUCGACCACUGACACCAACAACAGAAACUACUACAGCAGCUGGUUCGGACUCCAAUGGACCCGGCAUUUCUCAAAAAGGCUGGGAUACCGUGACUGCAAGGAGGUGCCGGAGGAUUUGUAAGAAGACUUGGUCCAUGAGUCGUACGGUUAUUAUUUACGGCAGUCAUUCCGCCACAGAGCGCCGUGCACUUUUCCUUCAUCUCGCAAAAGCUACCUCUUUGGCGUUAAUUCAAGAAACCACUGCCAUGGACACGGAGACCCUGGAGAAGAAUAUGUGUGAAGUUUCCUUCUCACUUGUGGAUUUAUACCACGCGUGGGGAGUGGGGGAUGCGUUAGACCCCAACGCUGUCAUGCAUGACAGCACUCAGUUGCAACGCCUGAAACGGGAAGAGCCGCGACGCUCAUUAAAUGAACCAAAGGGUAUGGAUUUUGUUGAGCCUACACGACAGACGUUGGAGGAUAAGGACAGCGUUUCCACGUGCCUUCUGCGUGCCUUGCAACGCAUUGACCCUCCACGUGCUUUGCGCACAAACGCAGAGAAGGAGGAUCACGCCGUGAAGUCAACAUUGGUGCUUACGUUUAUUAUUUCGAGGAGUUCGAGAUGCAGGGUAGGGGUAUCACGACCUCGGAAUGUGCACUCGGCUAAGAGCGAGAAAUUAAAGGGUUGGCAGAGGGAUGGUUUUCCAAAGGAAGCGCGGUUUCACCUCAUACUUCUUCCCGACAGCACCGCCGCCGCACAUGGAAAACAAGGGGCAAAAGAGUUGGGAGCUUUGGCCGGUGCACUACAGGCGUGUACAAAGUGGCAAAACGAGAUGGCUUCCGCUGAAGAAGAAGAGGAGGAGGAAGAGGACGAUGCUCGUACGCAGUGCGCGAAUUGCGUGACGGCGACGGAUCGACAUAUGGAUGCGUCAUUUUCAACAACGACAUCAACACCCCCCCAAUUCUCUUGGGUACCGCUGCGAGAGUCUCCACUUCUUCUCUACCUGUUUGAAUCCACAAUUUACUACUCCCAUCAGUUAUUGCAAAGUCUACGUAAUUUGCGUCUAUCGAAGGAAAGACGUCGUCUCUUUAGCGACAGGUCGCCGUCUGGGGGUAGUAACAUCUCCACCCACUCUCAGAAUGCGGCCCGGGUUGUCUCAUUUAGUACAAAUACUUCAAUGGAGAAAGGUAGCUGGUGGAUGAGCACCGACACAAACAGCACUAACGUUAUUCAGUGUAUAGCUGCAGGAAUCGGUCAAUGUCUGCUCAUUGUGUGUGUCAACUCUGGUUGGGAUCAAUAUUAUCAGGCUCGCAGUGCUUUUUUGUUUGCACAGCGUGCAACGAAUCAGUUUGCCCAGCCCUACAUGUCCUCAAACUCCAAAACGGCGGAUGUGUCUUCCAUAUUUAGUACGGAACACGGGAAAGGCAACCCCCACAAGGCAGCAACUCCAACCUUAACGGAGAUACAACCACCACAACUGCUUUGCCAAAAACAACGACUCCAUGAAUCCCUUCUUUCUCUAGAAAAAACCGGACCCGAAGUGGAGAGACAAUUGUGGUCUUCUCCGCGGCGAAGAGAAAAGACAGAGCCGCGGCGUCCACAACCGGAAGACUCCCCAGUUUUUGAGUUGCCGCCAUCGGAGGUUGCUGUUAUUGAAAGCGAGGAUAUUGUAAGCAGGGACGGCAACGAUGUGCCCUCGCGUAACCUUUCACCCCCCACACCGUCGCAGGGGACAGGGAUGAAUCCAAUUCAACAGCAAUUAAAGUCAAAAACGGGUUUGGUCACCAAAAUCACCGGGCCUAUUUCAUCAUUGCCAGAGCGAAAUACCCGCCCAUAUCCCGUGCAGCAACUUUUUCGAUGCAAUCAAGACGACCCGAAAGGGGCGAUAAAUAAAGUUGUCGAGAGUGACGAAGAGAAUGCCAGUAACUCAUGGGAACAACCGGAGACGGCUCGUAAAAAUCAAAUUUACCCAAAAUAUUCUGGUCUGUGUGAGUCGCCCUCAUCUACCAAAGGCGUGAAUCUGGGUCCUGUCCCUGAGGCGAGUAGCACGACGAUCAACGACGUGUUGCAGAAACAAGGUCUUCUUCUACAGGAAAAUGAACGGCUACGCGCGCUUCUGGUGACCCUGUCUUCUCAGCAGGCUGACGCCGGUAGAGAACAACGAGGUUCCACUACGUUAAAGGAUGUCUGCGAUAUUACGUUGCUGGAGUCACGUAAGGCUUCCCGAUCAUCGGACCUUGACGAGUUACGAACGGCACUUUCAAUCACUACAAAAAAGGCCCGAACCCUGCAGAAAACACUUUCACGUUCAAUAGACGAAAAUCGCAAGCUGCGUCGUCUUAUUCACAGCCAGAUGAAAAAGUGUUGUGUCGAAUUUUCACGCAUCGCUCAGGGCACGCCGGCAGAGCAGGGGUCAAAUGGUUCUACAGUUGCGGAGGAGAGGAUUUAUCGCUGGGAGAUGCUACUUGAGAACACGGUGAGGCAAAUAUUGCGAUCUGUGCGUGGGGAUAGCUUUGUAGGUAGUGAUGACGAUAACGAGGAGAGGGAAGAGGGAAAAGAGGCAACCCGCACGGGUGACGGUGAUCGGUUUGGCUCUCAAAGGCUUCAGGUGCAAAAUAAAGAGAAUUCGUCUCUUGCAAACUGCGGGUGUGCUCACUUGCAGGAUGGAAUGCAGCCGUGCUCCAGUUGUAACGGAAGCCACCAAUUCAUAAAUGGGGGAGCCGAUUUAUCACUCAGCGAAAAAGCACAAGGACGGAAUUGUCGAGCAUUCAAACGCGACGCAGAGGUAGAGGAUGCAGUGAAUUCACCUCCGUAUAGAAAAAUAGAUGUGCAAUUGUCACAGCUGCUUCAUAUUGCAUAUAGCCUUUUUCUCGGCGAAUCUUCUUCUGCUAAUGAUGACGAUGACGAUCACAGUGUAUCUGGGGGUAAUAUGCAUAAGACAGCAGAGGGAGCUGAAGUGGGGGGUUGUAAUAGAACACAUUGCAGUUUGUCACGAAGCGUAUUAGAUAUUCUCUCGCCCCAUCGGCAGGGAACCCGAGCAAAGGAUGGGAGAGCGGAAGAGGAAGAAAGAAGAAUGGCGUCUGGUUUGUAA